GAAAAAAAAAUAUAUAUAUAUAUAUUGUUUUUAGGUGAUAUUCUUCAGUAGUCAAGAUGUCUUCAACACCUGAGCCUCCAACAGUUAAGAAAGAACCACCAAAAGAGAGGAACUUUGAAAACCCAGGCCUCCGAGGGACGCACACAACAACCUUAUUUCGAGCUGUGAAUCCUGAGCUCUUCAUUAAACCUAACAAACCUGUAAUGGCCUUUGGAUUGGUAGCCCUUUCACUUUGUGUGGCUUAUAUUGGUUAUCUGCAUGCAACACAAGAGAACAAAAAGGACCUCUAUGAAGCUGUUGAUAGUGAAGGGCAUCGUUACAUGAGGAGAAAAACAUCUAAAUGGGAUUAAAGUGCUGGUUCCUUCAGAUGGAGCCUUAUUACAGGCUCUGAAAUCUUCAAAUGAAAGACUUUAUGAUAGAGUAUGGAAUUAUGCUAAUUGUUUCUUGUUCCAUAAUCUGUUAACGAGAAAAUAUACAGUUGGAAACAGUCCACUGUAGUAAAUUUAGUUACAGCUGCA